UACGUGCAAACAAAUGGGUUACACAAAUAUUAUGCACGACCGACGAGUAGUCAGAGGCAGCAAUUUCACAAAAAAAACUAUCGUAAGUUAUUUUCUUUUAGUAAACUCGAACUGUUUGUAUUUUAAAUGUAAACCAUACUUAAACAACUAUCUAAUAAUACUAUUGAAAUAUUUAGCGUCCAAAAUGGAACCCGUAUUUUGGGUACGCUAAACAGUUAUCGUCCGAGGUGAGCGUCUUGCUUUAACGCAUGCGCUACAGUUUUGCCGUUUUAAUUUCUAUUACUUUUUAUUUUAUUUAUUAUACUUUUUUUUUUUUUACUUGCUACAUAUUUUGGCUUUUGAAACGCUGCGGAAUUGACAUUAGUUCACUCUUUUUAUUACGAUAGAAUUAUUACGGUUCAAAAUCACAUUGCAAUAAUAAUUAAUCAAAAUUGUAUUUAUGUACAGCCAAAUGUCCAAAAAGAAUCGGCCGCGUCACGCGAGGCGGAAAGUCGUCGGCUUGCCAUGGCUCGGAAAAAAGCGAUGGACUACCAAACGAGAGCGUUGCGAUUGCACCUCGGAGCGACAAAAUAUAUCAAAGGUCAUCACAACGUGGAUGUCCAAACCGACANUAUACUUAUUGUUUGAUUGAUAUCAUGGUUUAAUCCCGAUAAACCGAAAUUGAAAUUGUAUAUAAAACAAAAUCGUCUAUCGUUUCUGCAGUUGAUCGAGUACCGGGAAUUUCAGUCGUUCCAGGCCCAAACUGAAUUCGAUCAAGAGUCGUUCUCUAAUCCAGGAACGGGAAAGUCCACCGGCACAGAUGCAUCUACCCAAGUAGAUGACAAAGAUGUGAGUUAA